UAACACAGACACACUAACAGAUGGAGGCAGUGGUAUUCCAGCAGCUCCUGGUUAAAUCCCUGUUUUUGUCUAUGGAGUCUGGUAGAGAGAUAUAGAGAUGUAGUCAGACACUUAGAAUAACAACCUGAGCCAGUUGGUAAAAAGUAAGAACAGAUAAAUGAGAUAAAAUAAUAUAAAUAUAAAACCUGUGUGACUACGAUAAAUGUGAUGAUUUAUUAGUCAUUAAUCUUAAUAUAUUUAUAUUAUGUGAUAUACAAAAACAUUUCAACGCCAUUUCCCGUCGAUCUGAGUGUUUGUUUGUUUUUUUCCAGUUGAUGUUUCUAGUCGGACAACAUUUGUGUCUGUACCAACACCCGGAAGCGGCGUUGGGGGGGCAACCACCUCACCUAUAAACAUUCCGCGCCAGUUUCCUCCUGGAACAACGGCGAUGAUUCUCACGCUGAUCAACGGUACCGACAUGGAUCCUGAGACCGUGGCCGGUGUCGGUAACUUGGUUUUAUCUAAAGCCGAGUUACUGAGAGUCGUCGUUACCGAGAAACUGACCGCAGCCGCGCAGGAGAUCUUAGCGGUCGUGGACAGAAUCGUAGCCGGGUACGAGGAGGAGGCUUCGGGCUUCAGGCAGGAGAUCGACCGGCAGAAGAGGCAGCUGGAGGUUCUCCUGCAGCCGGAGAUCAAAGUAGAGGAAACAGAUGACCAGCACUUGUUUCCCAUCUCUGAGCCGAUACAAGAGGAGGCUCCUGGAGGAGGAGGUGAACUCCCUGAGGAGGAGCAGCAGCAGAAAUAUGAGCUGAAUGUGGAGGAGGACAGGAUGGAUAUGGGCCUCCGCUGUUACACUGAGGAAGAGAUGGAUGAAGAUGAAGAGAUGGAGGAGUCCUCUGAGCGACCAGAGGUGACCUCCACACAGGACCAGGACCAGGACCAUCUCUCAGAGCCGGAUUAUGAAUCAAGGUUACCGUCACCCAGAGUUCAGUCUGACCUGAGUGCUGGCAGACGUCGGUCCAGUGAACCACAGGGACACAUGGAUCUGAAACUCUGUAUCCUGGAGGACUCUCAGAUUGAACUCCUCUCACCCAUAGUGUACAAGAAGUACCCAUUGCAGGAGCUACAGUGUCCUCGUGGUCUACAGGAGGCAGAGUUCUUGAACCUGCUGAAGUCCACCUUCCCUCAGCUGGCUGCUGAUAAACCUUUUAGCUUCCUCAUGGCUGACAGAAGAAGGAAACUACAACCUCUGAAUGUAAAGACGCUGACACCAGAGGAGAUCUCUAGAGCCAUCAGGCGUUCUGCCCUCUACAUCCAACUGAAGACACCAGAGGAGCCCCAGACCACUGAUGAAGAGUUUCAUUCUUCACAAGGAGAAGAUACUGCUGCUGCUGCUGAUUCCCCAUCCACCCCUGAUCAAACCAGGUCAUUGUCGCUCAGAGUCAAAUCUGACAGGAUUGCUAGCAGACGCCGGUUCCACAAACCAGAGAAACAUGUGAAUCUCAGAGUCUGUAUCAUGGAGGACUCUGAGAUUGAGGUCUCCUUGGACAGAACGUACAAGAAGUACCCAUUGCAGGAGCUACAGUGUCCUCGUGGUCUACAGGAGGCAGAGUUCUUGAACCUGCUGAGGUUCACCUUCCCUCAGCUGGAAACUGAUAAACCUUUUGACAUCUUCACGGCUGACAGAAAAAGGAAACUACAACCUCUGAAUGUAAAGACGCUGACACCAGAGCAGAUCUGCAGGGCCAACAAGCGUUCUGUGCUCUACAUCCGACUGAAGACACAAGAGAAGCCCCAGACCACCGAUGAAGAGUUUCAUUCUUCACAGAAAGAAGAUGCUGCUGCUGCUGAUUCCCCAUCCACCCCUGAUCGAACCAGGUUACCAUCGCCCAGAGUUCAGUCUGAAAGGAGGAAGAAACAACGCAGACGCAAGACUCUCAGAGUCUAUAUUCUGGAGGACUCUAAGACUGAGGUUCUCUCGACCACAGUGUUCAGGAAGUACCCGUUGCAGAAGCUGCCGUGUCCUCUUGGUCUACAGGAGGCAGAGUUCCUGAACCUGCUGAAGUCCACCUUCCCUCAGCUGGCUGCUGAUAAACCUUUUGACCUCUUCAUGUCUGACGGAAGAAGGAAACUACAUCCUCUGAAUGUAAAGACACUGACACCAGAGGAGUUCUGUAGGGUCAGCAGGCGUUCUGCGCUCUACAUCCGACUGAAGACACAAGAGAAGCCCCAGACCCUUGAUGAAGAGUUUCAUUCAUCACAGAAAGAAGAUGCUGCUGCUGCUGCUUCCCCAUCCACCCCUGAUCGAACCAGUCCCUCUGUCAGGUUGUUAUUGCCCAGAGUUCAGUUGGACAGGAUGAUGGCGGACAGAAAUCGCGUCAUUGAACCACGGAGCCACAUCGAUCUCAGGAUCCACAUCCUGGAUCACUCUCAGGAUGAUGUGCUCUCAAAUGCCGUGUUCAAGAAGUUCCCGUCGGAGAAGCUAAAGUGUCCUCGUGGUCUACAGGAGGCAGAGUUCCUGAACCUGUUGAGGUCCACCUUCCCUCAGCUGGCUGCUGAUAAACCUUUUGAGUUCCUCAAGACUAACAGAAGCAAGAGACUACAACCUCUGAAUGUAAAGACAGUGAUACCAGAGGAAAUCUCUAGAGCCAUCGGGCAUUCUUCCCUCUACAUUCGACUGAAGCCUUUUGAGGAACUCGAGAAAGAUCCUCCCCAACAGAAAAAAGAUGCAGCUACUAAAAAAUCUCCAUCCACCCCCGGUCAGACCAGACUGAAUACAAGUGUUCAGCCUGACAGGAGGAAGACAGUUGGACCUCAGAUCAGUGAUGUACACAACCAUGUAAAUCUCAGGAUCCGGAUCCUGGAAGACCCGCGAAUCAACGUGCUCAACGUCGAAGUGUUUCAGAAGUACCCCUUGCAGGAGCUCCGAUGUCCUUCUGUUCUAAAGGAGCCAGAAUUCCUGGACCUGCUGAGGUCCACUUUCCCUCAGCUGGCUGAUGAUAAACCUUUUGAUGUCCUCAUUACUGACAGAAGCAGGAAACUACGACCUCUGGAUGUAAAGACAUUAACACCACAGGAGAUCUCCAGGACCCUCGGCUCCAUAAUGAAUAACCACAUUUACUUCCGGCUGAAGUCACAAGAGGAAGCCCAGGCCAGUGCGGAAAAGCUUCAUCUCCUGCAGAGAAAAGUUGAUGAAGAAUCUCCAUCUACUUCAGGUCAAUCCAGACUGCAGACAAGCAGAGUACAUCGCAAGACAUCGCAAGACAUUGAAACAGGGUCUGGUGAAGAAGACUCGGAAAGAGAAAGGUCACCCAAUGUCUGGAAUAUUCAGUCUCUGCUUCUCUCUGAUAGCGAAAAGGAGGAAGAAUCCGGGGAGGAGGUGGUUGAUGGAGAUGACGACUGGAAACCGAACAGAGGUGUUGCCAGUCUGAUGAAUAAAGAACCUGAGAUGGCGGAAACGUCACAACAACCCAAACGUUCAGGCGUCCAAGCAAAUAGAUUGAAACUGAUCAGACGAAUGUUGACUAGUAACCACGAUCCUCUUCUGUCCUGUAAAGUCUGCGGAGCUCCACGAACCUCAAUGAACAUGUUGAUUAAACACUCGUGGAGUCACGUGGAUGAUACAGAAAAGCUUUGUGGUAUUUGUGGACAGAAUUCAGACUCUGCAGAUGAGCUUAGGAAUCACCUUCAGAGUCACCAGAAAACACGCAGUUGUCACAUCUGUAGAAAAUCUUUCCUCACCUCUCAAGGCCUCAGGGGGCACAUCGCUCGACAUACAGGAGAUAAACCGCACGUAUGUAACGUCUGCCAUAAGGCGUUCCCUGAGAAGUCGGCACUGAGUAUUCACAUGUGGACCCAUUCAGCGGAUAAGCCACACAAAUGUGAUGUCUGCCAAAAGUCAUUUCUUAAAAAGAUAAACCUUGAACACCACAGGGCGACCCACUCAGCGGAGAAGCUGUACAACUGCAGCGUGUGCAUGAAAACUUUCAAGAGUCAUGAACAUGUAUCCCAGCACAUGUUGAUUCAUUCAAGUCGCCCGGUCAGAGAAAGUAAGUACACCUGUGAAAUUUGCAGCAAAAGGUUUUACACAAACCAGAAAUUACAGUUCCACCUGAGUAGUCACACCAGCGAACUCCGGUCACACCGCCACAGCACGCCUAGAAGGAACCCGCCUGCGGCCUGGCCUUCAGUCAGAGCUAGUUUGUGAAAAAACAAAACCACAUGACGACCCCAUCAUUAUCAUUUUAUCAUUUGCUCACAACUUUGCAGAUCCAAGGUGACGUCUUGAAAUGUCUUGUUUUAUCUGAACUCAGUCUCCUGCCAUUUGAGAAGCUUAAACUUUAGAAAGAGAGUGUUUUGCUCAAACAAUUAAUCAGUUAUCAAGACAGUCCCAGAUUAUUAUUCUGUCUAUUGACUGAUUAACUUAGUGUUUCAGCCCCUAAGUUUACUAAAAGAUCUUUCCAUAAGAAUGAUGGCCAUUUCGUAUGAUCUUUUGUUUGCACAAAGGUUCUUUUUCCAGAUAUGUUGAAGUUGUAUCUUGGUGCCUGAUGCGAUGUUAAUUAGUUUUAUUCUUACUGUGAACAAAUACACUAAAAAAGCUUAAGCCCGUUGGUUUUUACUGCGGAUGUAGCUCUCACAAAUGUAUAUAAUAUUAUUUUUAAACUUGACUUGUUAGCAGGUAAAUCAACGUCCCUGAACACGAUGUGCAGGAGCCAGGAGUUUUGUCAUUUUGGAACAAUCUAGACAUAAAUAUUUUUAAAACUUCCCAAACAUGUUGUUUAAUUUUUUUAAAGGCUCAGUAAUUUCACUGAACAGCUGCUCACAGGAAAUUUUGUUGGAGACUAUUUCUAGCAAUGGAUUAAUCCACAUUUGAUCCUGUAGUGAGUAUUUACAGCAGUAAAUUGAACAUUACGUGUCACAGACUAUAUGUAAAGUAAAUGUGCAGUUCAGUAGAGUCCCCAGAAAUGAGAAAUUCUGAUUAUCGCAAAUUUUAUCAUAUGACAUAAUCGGGGGAAAACAUGGUUAAGUGGGUAAUGGGGCUGUUUUAGCCAGAGAUUCAUACUCUUAACCUUCAAGGAUUCUCAUCAGGUUAGAGAGAUUAACAGUACGUACUUAUUAAAAAACUAAGAAAAAUACAUCUAACAAAGGUAUAAAAGUUUAUAAUGCACAAGCUCUUUUGUGUUUGUAGAAUUUCAAGAACAGCCUGAAUCCAAAGCAGUGUUGACAUGAAGCUUUGUGCUUUUUAUUUGUUUUUUGUUUUUGUUUUUUUUGCCAAAAAUGUAAUUUUAUGUUUUACAAAGGUCAUUUUCACUGUUCUUGUUAUUUUUUUCACUAGUGUUCUCUUUUUUAUGAAUGAUGUGUUGUUGAAUUCUGGUGCGUUUGAUACAGAAGGCUCAGAAAAGCAUGUUCCUAAUAAAGUGCUCCCUCAACAUAUA